AUGAAUCUUCUGUCGGACUUGGCCUUUGCUUUCAACAAAACUUUCGACACCGACGUUUUUCCGAUCCCGAAACAAGUGACCCGCGAAGUACAUGCUCGAGUGAAAAGUCUUCGUGAUCCGACGCAGAAAAUGAGCAAAUCUGCUCCGAGCGAAAAGUCCAGAAUCGAGGUAACUGAAAAGUAUUUAAAUGUGAUGUUUUAUAAAAAAAAAAUAGAUAACGGAUUCGCGCGAGGCCAUUUUUUUGAAAAAGUGUCGGAAGGCGGUGAGCGAUAACCUGGGCGUCGUCACCUAUGAUCACAAUUUGCGACCUGCUGUUUCUAGUUUGGUUAGUUCAACGUUUUUUAAGCAAUGGGGUCGACUUCAUAAAAAUAAAGUUUCAAAAAAACUUUUCUCAUUUAUAUGGAUAUUUUUUUUUCCACUUUCUGUCAAUUUCGCUGGGGACCUUAAGAUUAAAUAUAGGGCUUUGUAAGACUACUUGAAAUCAAUACAAAAAAGAAUAGAUAUCAAAAAUUAACAUUUGUCAUAUAUUGCUUGCUUGACAUUAUCUUAGCUACGGUUUAUUAGUUUUAAAGAAAAGUUUUGAGCUUAGUCUGGAUAUAAAUCUUGAAGCUGGUAGAAUGAACUAUGACAAAAAGAUGAAUAAGAAAAACCAACCGAAAAGAGGUUUUCGAAAUUCUUUCAGCUUUAAUGUGAUAUGUGAAUUUUCGUAAAGAAAUUUCAGGCUCAUUCUCAAGUAAAUUUUCCCUAGUUUUAGUUGAAUCGAAAGUUUGAAAAUGUUACAGCUAGACUUGUACGCAGCGGUGACUGGUGUAGAUGCUCCCUCUUUGAGCUCAAAGAACUGGACAACGCUGCAACUGAAGGAAAAUCUCGCCGAGGAAGUUGACCGCCUCUUGACACCUAUUCGGGACCGUUUUCAGGGACUUGAAGCUACCGAUGAGGUUAGCUUGAUACUAUUUUAUUUGCAAAGUUUUUUACCACUGUUAUGUAGAAAAAAAUUCCGUUCAAAGAUAUAUGGUUCGUGAGGAGAAGAUCCGAGCAUGCAUGUUCCCUUUUCAAGCCAGUAUUGAUAUAUUCAUAAUUGCACGAAACAUUAAUAAUGACAAAAAAUGAACUCUUUGAGUUUUCCUGCUUGCAGAUCGACAAACUUCUUGAAAAAAACGGCGAGACCGCGAGAGAAAUCGCAGAAAACAAUAUGUUAGCUAUUCGCAAAAUUAUUGGGUUUUUGUGAAAGUUCAACGGGUUUUUCAAUAUUUUCAAGAAAUUAGGACAUUUUUCAAUUGAUUUUAAGUUUCCAUUGACCGUGCAUGCCAUGAUAAAUCUUUAUUCCAUCGAGCAUUGGCUUUAUGUUGCUUCUGAAAUAAGGUUUUUGCAAGAAGAAGGUGAAAACAAAGGCAGGUGGCCCGAGAUCUCGAAGCGUUUCCACUUUUUUGCAUACUGUAUGUGAUGAAAUAAUUAGGGCUACGGCAAUUAUCCUGCCUGGCACGUUACCUCAGCCGAAUUCGUAAUAGAAAUUCGAUUGUUUGAAGUUUUGUCUUAUUGAAAAUGCAUGGAAGGCUUGAUUGAUUCGUUUUUUUGUUACAAAAAGGACAGGAGAAGAAUAAAAGUUGUGAAUAUGAAUGGACAUGAGAUUUAUAUACACGAGGAGUCUGGAUUUGUGACCAGAUUCAAGAAGAGUUGUAGUAGCGCCUUUAGGGGUUAAUAAGCAAAGUUUAAAAAAAAAGAUUUCCUCAUGUGUCUUUCUUUUCUAAUUUUUUCUUGGAUAAGCCUUUUUCUAUAUUCUUUAAAAGCCAUUUCGAAAGUAUUUGUUUAGGAACACUAGAUUUUUGCAUAACUAGACAAAAAAAGGAAAAUGCCUUUCCUUCUUUGAGACAAUUCAUACAAUACAACAAUUUUAAUUUUCUAUUCAUAGAUUCAAUCUUUAAAGCUUGAAAAUCUUGAAGGCUUGUUUGUCUACCGAACGUUAAGCCUUCAAAAAGCCCCAUCAAUCAAGCUGGGUACAGAACGAACGUGACAAAAGGCCUCGCCGACGAAAAACGGCGGGGGCCGCCGAAAAAAAGCCAUCCAACAGACCGUGAAACGCGGCCGGCUCUACUGUAA